AUGCUAGACUUUGUCCUCCACCCGUCUUCUCCUGACACGAGUGGCAUACCUGUCGAAGAUGAGAGGUUGCAGAAGGUGACGGAGUGGGUGUCCAAGCAGGAAGAUCCCAUUGACGGCGAACUGCUUCCAGAUGCAUCUCAGACCGCAAAGGAGCUUCUGGCGAAGGGCCUGUUUAAGGUCAAGUUCACCGCGGCUCUCCUUAACGGGAUUGAACCCGAAGAUGGUGGGGGCGUGGGCACUCCGUUCGAGCGCGAGGGCAACGGCGACUACUUGUUGAAUUCGGUGGCGGCCUUCUUUGCCAAGGAGGGAGGUCGAAAAGCGAACCUGACCUGUACUGCGAUCACACGCUGGAUGCCCAGGGACGAUUGGUAG